AUGGAAGAGAUCAGCAAGAAUCAGAAAUCGUAUAGAGGUGUGAAUACAGGAACCUCCGAAUCGAUCGCCCUUCCUCUCGCCGCCGAGCCUAUAGAAGAUUACUCUGAAUUUUUUCCAGAGGACAAUGGACGCGAUAAAGAAUCCCUCGAGGCCGACCAGGAAUUCACAGACCUGGAUCAACAAACCCUAGAUGACAUUUCCUUCCUCAUCAACGAAAGUCCGCCAGACGAUGAAGACUUCGAAGAUGACUUGGAAGAUAUUUGUUCAGGUGCAUCCGGCAAACAAGAUACCGACUCCCACAGUAAGUUCGGUUCGCAAAGUGGUCGAGGUCAAGUUUCCCCCCAAGCCGACAACUCGUCUAGCAACAAUAAAAAUCAGAAUGGCCGGAGAAAACCUGGGCGGGGGGAUUUCUUAGAAGAAAGCUCCUUGGAUUACUACGCACAGACCCACCCUGCCGUGGUGGGACCACGGCAUCCAGAUUCCCCCCCUGUCCGUCACCCGAGAGCUUUGACUUUGAUAAUUCGGGAAGGUUUAACCAAGACUCAGGGGCUUGGAACCCCAGCUAGACCACGCGAAGAUGCGCAAGGAGUCCUUCGAAAUCGAACAAGGGAUGGGCUGACCGCCAAGAACGCAAUUCUCGUGAGUUUUUUCUUAGCUUUCAUUGAUGAGGGGUAA